AAAAUUUCUGAUUUACUUGAAUUGAUCGAUUAUAUUGAUUCAAGACUAUAUUUAUUUACUCAAAUGACAGAUUCAGAAUUAAGAGAAAAAAUCAAAAAAAUAAGAACUAAAUUUCUUGAUGAUAUUAAUCAAAAUUAUGAUUAUGUUACAAAUAAUCAAAAAUGUGUUUUAAGUGGUUUAUUAUUACAAACACUUAAUUUGAUAUUGGAAAAAAAUACAUUCGAUUCUCUUAAACAUGAGUUAGAAUUAUUACAUAAAGCUUUACAAAAAGUAUUAUCUCAAAGAAUUUCAUUAAGGCAUUCUUCUAUAUAA